UGUUUGACUUACUUUUCAUAAAUGUUUGCGCGAAUUUCCUCUAACUUCGCAUUUAUUGCGAAGGCUACAUUUUCUCGAGCUGGUUCAGUGGCAUUAUUGACUUCAACAUCAAAGCAGUUUCAUUCCAAACCAAUCACUGUGUCCCAGCCAGACAUGAAGAUCAGGCUAGUCCCUGCGUUGGAGGAUAAUUAUAUGUACCUCCUGGUGGAUGAAGAGACACGACAGUGUGCUGCAGUAGACCCGGUGGAACCAGAGAAGAUAAUAGAAGCUGUUAAAGAAGAGAAGUGUACCCUAACAACAAUUCUAACAACGCAUCAUCACUGGGAUCAUGCCAAUGGAAAUGAUAAAUUAGUGAAACUAGUUCCCGGACCAAAAGAUCACGUCUGUGGAGGUGAUGAGAGAGUGCCGGCUCUAAAUAAAAAAGUGGGGCACGGAGACCAGUUUAAGGUAGGAAAUCUGGAUGUGAAGUGUUUGUUUACUCCCUGUCACACAACAGGUCAUAUCUGUUACUUUGUUACCAGCCCCACAGGAGAGCAGCCAGUAGUGUUUACAGGGGACACCUUAUUUGUGGGAGGUUGUGGAAAGUUUUUUGAGGGAACGGCAGACAUGAUGUAUUCAGCCCUGGUCACAAUUUUAUCCAAGCUGCCUGGAAAUACACGUGUGUUUUGUGGACAUGAGUACACAGUGAACAAUCUAAAAUAUGCCCUCCAUGUGGAACCAGAGAAUCAAACUAUAAAGGAGAAAUUUGCCUGGGCCAAGGACCAGAGAGCUAAGAAUUGUCCAACAAUCCCAUCAACAAUUGAAGAAGAACUCAAAUUCAACCCAUUUAUGAGAGUUGAAGAUGCUCAUGUGCAGAAACACUGUGGGAAGAGUGACCCUGUAUCGACCAUGGGAUUCUUACGAGAUGAGAAGAACAACUUCCGAGGCUAGAUAAAAACCUUUUUAUGUUUGAGGAGAUGAUAAGAAAUUAGAAUGCAGAAUUAGGUAUAGAGACUCUUUUGGGAUGAUUGAAGAUGAAGAAUCCAGGAAGGGAAACAUGAUGCAAUAUAUUCAGGAUUUAAUGAAGAAAUUGACUUUAAUUUCUCCACAUGCAUAAAUAUACAUUUGCUCAAAUUAUUUCAAAAGGGGAAAAAAUAAAAUAUGUGAUCUUUGUUACAUUAAUACAUGUAAGAAGAGUGCAAGAUGACUUCACUAUUAACAAAUGUUUGUUAGCAGAUCGAGUUUGGGUCACUUAUCUUUAUCAUAUAUGCAUAUAUAUCAACUGUGUUUACUUCUUACAAUAUCAGUGCUUGACUGUUAAUCACCACUUAAAUAAUUGAAAAAUAAAGAGGUGCAUGGAGAGAAUUAACAAACAAAUCUUGCUAUACAGUUAAGAAAUCUUUAUUGCAAAAUAAAUUAAUAACAAAGA